AUGCCGAUCAUCUCCGGAGGCAGCGAGCACGACUACAGUAACCUCAGCUACACCUCCAGCAGCACGUUGAACCACUUCUUCCCCGUCGCUGUAGAGUUGCAGACAAUUAAGGGGGUGAAGUACCAGAGGGCGAGGAGACUCCAUGACCCAGAUGAUCUGUACACUGCCGACUUUAAACGAGAGAUCAUCAUCAAUGUCGGAGGCAUCCGGUACCUCAUGCCUUGGAGCACCCUGGACGACUUCCCCAUGAGCAGACUUGGGAAGCUGAGGUUCUGCAGCAGCUACGACGAGAUCAUCCAGAUCUGUGAUGACUUUGAUGAAGACACCAAUGAGUUCUUCUUUGACAGGAACCCGUGUGCGUUCGGUAUGAUCGUCAGCUUCUUGGCGGCGGGGAAGCUGCGGCUGCUGCGGGAGACGUGCGCCUUGUCCUUCCAGGAUGAGCUGAUGUACUGGGGCAUCGAGGAGUCCAACCUGGAGCGCUGCUGCCUGAGGAGGCUCUUCCAGAAGCUGGAGGACCUGGAGGAGAUGAAGAAGGAGGAGGAGGCGCAGAGAACCCGGGAGACCAUCUGCGUGCUGGAGGACCACUCCAGGGUGGGUCAGUGCAUGAGCAAGCUGCGGGACAUGGUGGAGAACCCGCAGUCCGGCCUGCCCGGGAAGGUGUUCGCCUGUCUGUCCAUCUUAUUUGUGGCCACCACCGCCAUCAACCUGUGUAUCAGCACCAUGCCGGACCUCCGCGCCGAGGAAGACCGGGGUGAAUGUUCUCAGAAAUGCUACAACAUCUUCAUCAUCGAGACGGUCUGCGUGGCCUGGUUCUCUCUCGAGUUCUUCUUGAGAUUUGUUCAAGCCAAGAGCAAGUGGCAGUUCUUCAGGGGUCCCCUGAACAUCAUUGAUGUCUUGGCCAUCUUGCCGUAUUACGUUUCCCUCCUCGUGGAGGACGAGCAGAAGACCAUUGAGAAGCCGGGCAGCAACUCGUACCUGGAGAAGAUCGGUCUUGUGCUGCGGGUCUUGCGGGCCUUGAGGAUACUGUACGUUAUGCGGCUGGCCCGACACUCGCUGGGCCUGCAGACGCUGGGGCUGACGGUGCGCCGCUGCACCCGCGAGUUCGGCCUGCUCCUGCUCUUCCUCUGCGUGGCCGUCACGCUAUUCGCUCCUCUCGUCCACCUGGCGGAAAAUGAAAUGGGCCGGUGCCAGGAAUUUACCAGCGUCCCUGCGUCCUACUGGUGGGCCAUCAUCUCCAUGACGACGGUGGGCUAUGGCGACAUGGUGCCCAGAAGUAUCCCCGGUCAGGUGGUGGCCCUGAGCAGCAUCCUGAGCGGCAUCUUAAUCAUGGCCUUCCCCGCCACCUCCAUCUUCCACAUGUUCUCGCACUCGUACGCUGAGCUGAAGCGAGACCAGGAGAGACACCACAGUCGUCUUGUGAGGACCAAGGACGCCAACCAGUCGGGCGAGAGCGACACCUUCAACGACACGGACAGCCUCGUCUCCGAGGACACCUACAGGUACUUCUAUACCGGCAAGUAGGUGACACCCCCA